AUGAUCCUGCGUCAAUUCUUUGUCGACAACAAUUUUGAUUUACGCUUAGGUGACUUCAACUCUUCGCAAUGUCCCGGUCAUCCAGGACUAGGCUACGAAGGUGCAUCGCAUUGUUUACCCCGUGACUACGAACUCCCAAACACUGAGGCUUCUGACAUUUUCGCUUUGGGCUCUACUCUUUAUGAACUAGUCUCCGGCGCAGCUCCUUACAGUGAACUGAAUCCAGCCCAAUCCGAUGACCCCGAAGCCAUUAUGGCACGGAUUCGGCGACAACAUGCCGUGGUUGAUUAUGUGAUUGAAGAGCGGUACAAGGCACAGCAAUUUCCGGACGUCACUGGUAUUUGGAAUGGUGAUAUCAUACUAGGCUGUUGGAAAGGAGAGUUUGCCACGGCAGAAGAAGUACUUGAAAAAUUGUCAAAGUAG